AAUCGACAUUAACAUUGGUGAUGCGCACAACUCAAAACGAUAUCUCAUACAUUUUUCGAUUGAACAAAACUACACGGAUGGAUUAAAAAAAGAAAAAAACAAUAAAAGCAUAGUGUGCAUUUUAUAAAUUAUAUAUCAAACUGUUGGAGAAACUCAAUUCGAAAUAUCAAAAAGCAGUAUUCGUAAAAAGAAAUGUGCGCGUGUGUGCAGAGUAUGUGAAAAGUAUUUGAUGAAAGCGGCGAAAGCUUGAAUGGCGAUUGCAAAACACCGAAUAUACGCCGUCGUUCCACACACACACACACACAUUCAACACACACAUAUACACACACACACAUUACACACACACUCCUCAGAUAUACUCGCUGAUAUAUAAAUGUAAAACAAUCUCAGACCACAAUAAUCCAAAGAGCCUUUGACGACGCCUCGCUGUGUGCAGAGCCGAACUUCUUGUUAUACUAAUUUUGUGAUAGUUUUACUUUUUUAUGUUUAAUAUAGUUGAUUUAAGAUUUUUAAGAGAACGAACGAAACAAAGAGUCGCAAGCAAACCAAAUAACAAUAGCAACAACAACAACAAAAUGCAUUCCACAAGCGCAGCAACAUCAUUAUCGGCCACAGUGUCGGCGUGCAACAGGUGCAAAAUGGGUGUUAUGCUGCUCCUGUUGAUGGUCAGCUUUCUCGGCUGUCCGGCUCUAAUUGAGGCCUGCUCCAGCCGCAAUGUGCCCAAGCCACGUCCAUCGAUCUCAUCCUCUUCAUCGUCCAUGUCGGGCAUGGCACUGCCACCCACCCAGUCACCCCUAAGCCCAACAACAACAAUGCGAACAACAACGACGACAACAACAACUCCCCGGCCAAAUAUAACAUUCCCCACAUACAAAUGCCCCGAUAACUUUGAUGCCUGGUAUUGCCUGAAUGAUGCCCAUUGCUUUGCUGUGAAGAUUGCGGAGCUGCCUGUCUACAGCUGUGAGUGCGCCAUCGGAUUUAUGGGUCAGCGGUGUGAGUACAAGGAAAUCGAUGGCUCCUAUCUGCCCAAACGACCGCGACCCAUGCUAGAGAAGGCGAGCAUCGCCAGCGGUGCCAUGUGUGCCUUGGUCUUCAUGCUCUUCGUCUGUCUCGCCUUCUAUUUGCGCUUCGAGCAGCGGGCGGCCAAAAAGGCAUACGAACUGGAGCGUGAACUGCACCAUCAGGACGAGGACGCUGAUGAGGAUUAUGAUGAGGCCAGCAGUGAUCGAGAGCAGUGUGAAUGCUGCCGUGCCCAGUGCUGUGCCGGCGGCGAUGAGCCACUGGUUGUGCUGCUCGAGCGCAAAAUGGUGCCCUAUCAUAUGCGGCUGGAGCACGCCUUGAUGUCCUUUGCCAUCAGGCGCAGCACAAAGCUAUAAAUUAUAUAUAACUAUAUUUAUAUGUAAAUGCUGACAAAUAUCUGAACAAUUUGCCUUGCCCCGAUGCAUGUUAUUAUUAUGUAUCGAAAGUCUUAAAAUGCGAUCACGAAUUUCUAUGUGCUUUAGUCGUAGUUUUUAAAUGUUUUCAAUUAUGUAUUUGUCCCAACUACUCCUACUACUACUACUAUUUAUACAUGUUAAGUGUAACGUUUGUAUUCCAAAAACAAAAAUAACGCUUUAGUAUUUUUUGAUUUGAGAUUUGAGAUAUAUACUCCAUAUAUGUAUUACUACACUCCAAAUCCACAUUCAAUUUUUUAACGCUCGUGCGUGCUCGAAUAUGUAUUUUUAUACCUUAUGCUAGAGCCUAUAUAUAUUUAUUUUACUCUUAAGAGUCUUAAAACCAUCUACAACAACAAUUAUCGAAUGAAAAACACGCAAAGUAUUAUUUAUCGCACCUAGAUACUACAUACGAGAACAUUUUUUUAAAAUAAAGAUUCAACUGCACUUGCAUACUAUUUAUGUCGAAAGAGCAUUUCCCAAAA